UUCGCAAGAUACCUACUUUCGUAUUAGCAAAUAAUUAUGCCUCCAAAGCGUAAAGUAGCACAGCAAAAAGCCUCUUCAAUAGAAGAAACCUUGCCAAUAAAAUUUUCUGACUUAAAAGUACCUGAAUUGAAAGCUGAGUGCCUUAAAAGGAAUUUAGAUGAAAAAGGGAAAAAAGCAGAUCUUAUAGAAAGGUUAGAAGAAUAUGAAAAUCAAUCAUCCAAUACAAGUAGUACUAAAAAAGUUAAAAAAGAAGAAGAAAAAGAAGAUGAAAAGCCAGUAACAAUAAAAGAUAAGCUUAAAGCUAUUGCAGAAAAAGAGAAAGCUGAUAAAAAGAAAAUGUUUAAAGUUGAUUCUUUAUGCACACUUUCAAAUGCUAGUGUUGUAGAUGAUUAUGAUUGUAUGCUAAAUCAAACAAAUGUUGGACAUAAUAACAACAAGUUUUAUGUUAUACAACUUAUUUGCAGUGGUGCAGGUUAUUAUGUAUGGAACCGAUGGGGCAGAGUGGGAGAAGCUGGUGCAAAUGCUAUUAAAGGUCCUUUUAAUGAUCAACAGUAUGCUAUUAAAGAGUUCACAAAAAAAUUUAAAGAAAAAACUAAAAAUAAUUGGGAAGACAAAGAUAACUUCCAACCUGUUGCAGGAAAAUAUACUCUUCUUGAAAUGGAUGGAGAAGAUGAACCUGGAUAUACUGAGAAAAAUCUUGAUGCUGUUGAUGGCUCUCCUCUUACUGUUAAAGUCAAGACACGCCCUUGUAAAUUAGACAAACCUACAGAGAGUUUAAUUAAACUCAUAUUUGAUAAUGAUAUGUUUAAAGAAGCUAUGGCGAACAUGAAUAUUGAUGUCAAGAAGAUGCCAUUGGGAAAAUUGAGUAAAAGUCAAAUUGCUAAAGGUUUUGAGGUUUUAGAAGAAAUUCAAGUAGAAAUAAAUAAAAAUAAGUCGUCAAAACUUCAAGAUUUAUCUUCUCGUUUUUUUACUCUAAUACCGCAUAAUUUUGGUAGACAAAGGCCGCCAACAAUUUCUGAUCAAGAGACAUUGCAAAUGAAAAUGGACAUGCUUACGGUUCUUGGGGAUAUCGAAAUCGCUCAAAGUCUGCAGAAUGUUGUUGUGAAAAAGGAAGAGGUUGAAGAUGACCAUCCGCUAGAUACAAACUAUGGUCUUCUAAAAUGUGACUUGAAGCAUAUUGAUUGUAAAUCUGAUACUUUUAAAAUCAUAAACAAUUAUAUAGAACAAACUAAAAGCAGUUAUGGAAAUAUUAAAUUGCUUGAUGUUUGGGAAGUUGAUCGAAUGGGCGAGGAUGAAAGAUUUUCAGCUCACAAUGAUAUCAAAAAUCGAAAAUUGUUAUGGCAUGGAACUAAUGUAGCAGUUGUUGUUGCAAUUUUAAAGAGUGGUUUGCGUAUUAUGCCUCAUUCCGGUGGGAGAGUAGGUCGUGGAAUAUAUUUUGCUUCUGAGCAUGCAAAGUCUGCAGGAUAUGUUGGCACUGCACGUGAUGGUACAGGUAUUAUGUUUUUAAAUGAAGUAGCAAUUGGAAAACAACAUAUUAUUACUCAAGAUGAUUCUUCAUUGAAAGCACCCCCAAAAGGGUAUGAUUCUGUUUUGGCAAAGGGAAGACAAGAGCCAGAUCCGAGCAUGGAUACUAGUUUAAUAAUAAAUGGUAACACUGUGACAGUCCCCCAAGGAAAGCCAGUAGAAACUGAUGCUCAUAGCAGUUCAUUUCAUCAGAGUGAAUACCUUAUUUAUAAAGAAAGUCAAAAUAGAAUUAGAUAUUUACUGAAAAUGAAGUUUCACUGAAAUUUCAAAACUUUUAUAUUUGAAUAAUUUCUUAUGUUAUUUGA